AUGAAGUCCGCACUUUUCCUUCUGUCUCUCGUUUCACUAUCUACUGCACGGUACCUUGGGACCCGGACCAAUAACACCGUCCUUCCGACAGGUAUCAAUGUUUUCCCACCUUUACAGACUGUACGAAACGAACUCAUCGAUGGACCUUGCAAAAAGGUAACAAUCAUAUUCGGUCGAGGUGCUACGCAGCCAGGAAAUGUGGGAUUACUCGUCGGACCUUCUUUCUUCAGUGCCGUCGCUGCUAUCAUCAGCUCUGCGAACAUUGCCGUUCAAGGAGUGGACUACGCUGCCACAGACUUAGCCGCACUACUAGGAGGUUCUACAUACGGGGCAGCGACCGUAGCUAGUCUUGCCAAUUUAGCUGCAUCAAAAUGUCCCGGUUCGCAAAUCGUGUUGUCCGGGUACAGCGAAGGAGCAGAGAUCAUUCAUCGCGCCGGCCAGAAUCUAAGCAACGUAACUUCAAGCAUCAAGGCCGUCGUCGUCUUCGGUGAUUUAAUGAAUGGACAACCUAUCGCAAAUGUUCACGCAUCGGCAGUCAAAUCGUUUUGCGCCUUUGGCGACGUCCUCUGUGGACAGCCCAGCAUUAUAAUGCCGGGAGCUCAUACUUCUUACGAUGACGUUACACCUGAAGCGGCUGAUUUUGUCAAGGAGAAACUAUCGGUCUAG